UUAAUUUUCUAAAAACCCUAACUACCUUUCUCUCUCCUCUUUUUUUCUUACUUCACUCUCACUCACUCACUCUCACUCCACUCAAAAUCUCUCUUUUUUUUUUUCUACCAACAACAUCAAAUUUCUGGGAUUUGAUUAAGCAAGCAAAAAUAACAACUGGGUAUAUUUAGAUUUCUAGAUUCUUUUCAAUCAUUUUCUGGGUUUGAUUCCUUUCUUUAGAUUAAUCAGAGGUGAUGUGGUGCUGAGCUUUGAUGGCCUCAGUGAAAAUGAAGGGUGUUACAUUGAGGUUUUUGGUGUUAGGGUUGAUUGCUCAUUUGGCUCUUAUAAAAGCAGAGAUUUACAUAGUGACGCUUGACGAAGAGCCUGUUGUGAGUUACCGAGGGGGUGUCAAUGGUUUCGAAGCUACUGCUUCUGAGACCGAUGAGAAGAUUGAUGUUACAAGUGAGGCUGUCAUAUCAUAUGCUCGUCACCUUGAAAAGAAACAUGAUAUGCUUCUUGGGAUGCUGUUCAAAGGUGGUACUUACAGCAAAUUAUACAGCUAUCGGCACCUUAUAAAUGGCUUUGCAGUUCAUAUUUCACCCGAGCAGGUAGAAACCCUUAGAAGACACCCUGGUGUGAAAUCAAUAGAAAGAGAUUGGAAGGUGAGGAGACUUACAACUCAUACACCAGAGUUUCUGGGGCUCCCGACUGAGGUAUGGCCAACAGGAGGUGGUCAUGAUAAGGCAGGAGAGGACAUUGUAAUCGGAUUUGUGGACUCAGGAAUAUAUCCCUUGCAUCCAAGCUUUGCAUCCCAUGAAGCAGAACGAUAUGGACCUGUUCCAAAAUAUAGAGGGAAAUGUGAAGUUGAUCCUGAUACAAAGAGGAGUUUCUGCAAUGGCAAGAUUGUGGGUGCUCAGCAUUUUGCAAAAGCUGCAAUAGCAGCCGGAGCAUUUAAUCCUUCUGUUGAUUCUGCUUCUCCUUUAGAUGGCGAUGGACAUGGAAGUCACACAGCUUCUAUUGCCGCUGGAAACAAUGGAAUUCCUGUGAGAUUGAAUAGAUAUGAUUUUGGAAAAGCAAGUGGCAUGGCUCCUCGUGCCAGAAUUGCUGUUUAUAAGGCGCUUUACAGACUGUUUGGAGGAUUUGUGGCAGAUGUGAUGGCCGCCAUUGACCAGGCUGUUCAUGAUGGUGUUGAUAUCAUAAAUCUUUCGGUUGGGCCAAACAGUCCACCAGCAGCAACCAAAACAACCUUUCUAAAUCCUUUUGAUGCUGCACUUCUUUCAGCAGUUAAAGCGGGCAUCUUUGUUGCUCAGGCAGCUGGCAAUGGGGGUCCUUUUCCCAAGACUAUUCUAUCUUAUAGUCCGUGGAUAACUUCUGUUGCUGCUGCAAUCGAUGAUCGAAGAUAUAAAAAUCAUUUUUUCUUGGGGAAUGGGAAAGUGCUGGCUGGAACGGGAUUGUCACCCGCCACUCAUUUGAACAAAACUUACACUCUUGUUUCGGCAAAUGAUGCCUUGCUAGAUACAUCUGUUAUGAGAUUUAGUCCUUCAGAUUGUCAGAGACCUGAAGUUCUAAAUAGAAAAUUGGUGGAGGGAAAAAUUCUGCUUUGUGGUUAUUCUUUCAACUUUGUUGUUGGUAGUGCAUCAAUCAAGAAAGUUUCUGAGACAGCCAGGAGCCUCGGUGCUGCUGGUUUUGUCCUUGCUGUGGAAAGUGUUACUCCUGGAACAAAAUUUGAUCCUGUCCCCACCAGUAUACCUGGCAUCGUCGUGACUGAUGUCAGAAAUUCCCUGGAGCUCAUAGACUAUUACAAUGUCUCUACUUCACGCGAUUGGACUGGGCGAGUUAAGAGCUUUGGAGCAAAAGGCAGUAUCGGUAAUGGACUAAGGGCAAUUCUUCACAAGUCAGCCCCACAAGUUGCAUUAUUUUCUGCAAGGGGUCCCAACAUAAAAGACUACAGCUUUCGAGAUGCAGAUCUUCUGAAGCCUGACAUUUUGGCUCCUGGAGCUCUCAUAUGGGCAGCUUGGGCUCCAAAUGGUACUGACGAACCCAAUUAUGAAGGGGAAGCGUUCGCUAUGAUAUCUGGAACAAGUAUGGCUGCUCCACAUAUUUCUGGGAUAGCUGCUCUCAUAAAGCAAAAACACCCUACCUGGAGCCCAGCAGCUAUUAAGUCAGCUUUGAUGACUACUACAACGACAAUCAAUAGAGCCGGGGGAAAACUUCAAGCGCAGCAGUACACUGGAUCAUCUGAGGAGAUGACCAUGGUUACUGCUACACCUUUUGAUUAUGGAAGUGGGCAUGUCAAUCCUCGAGCUGCUCUAGAUCCAGGACUUAUAUUUGAUGCAGGUUAUUCAGAUUACCUAGGAUUCUUGUGCACUACACCAGGAAUCAACCCUCAUGAGAUAAGAAACUACACAAGAUCACCUUGUAAUUUUAAAAUGGGCCAUCCAUCUAAUCUCAACACACCUUCAAUAGCAAUCUCGCACCUUGCUGGAACCCACAUUGUCACGAGGACUGUUACUAAUGUUGCUGAGGAAGAAACAUACACAAUAACAGCAAGGAUGGCACCAUCCGUCGCCAUUGAGGUAAACCCUCCCGCCAUAACUUUACUUCCAGGGGCAUCACGGAGAUUUUCAGUGACAUUGACCGCACGUUCUGUGUCUGGGUCAUACUCCUUUGGCCAAGUCGUGUUGAAAGGAAGUCGAGGGCACAAGGUAAGCAUCCCGGUAGUAGCUAUGGCUUACAAGCGAUAAAGCAUGAACUUAGAACUUAAGGUAUUCUUUAUGACUUGGUAAUAAGAGGGUUGAGAUAUGUAUAGGUGGGAAACUCACUGGUUUCUUUCCUAGGUAGUAAUGUUUUCUAUUUCUUUUUGGUGGCUAAUUUUUGUUGUAAUAUGGUUUAAUGUGAUUGUAUUAGUCUCUAGAUCAAUUAUAUAGUAUAGAACAGUGUUACCUAAUUUCCUAAUUCCGCCGCGAAUCGCGAAUUGAGAAAAGCGAAUUAUGGUCGGUUUUGGUUCAUUUUGGGCGAAUUGGCGAAUUAGAUAGCGAAUUAGGUAACAUUGGUAUAGAAUUAGCUUGAACUCGUCUACUGGCCAUUUCCAUUGUAAAGAAGCUAGUGAGCCAGUGGUAUGGGAGGAACACCAAGAAAAGAGAAAAGUGUAUUUUAAGUUCAAUGAUCACAGUUGUAAUGUUAUAUAUAUUUUGAGUAUUUAAACAUA